GUCUUGUAUCUAAAAAUAUUAUUUUAUUUAGGAAUGUCUGUUUGUCUGCGUCUAGUCAUGUUAGAUAUAAAUAAAAUGUCCUCUGCAGUUACUACGCAUAAUUCAAUCAGAAACAUCAAAUCUAAUUUCAGAAAUUGCGUUUGGAAAAUUAUAAACACAUCUUAAUAAGUGAUUGCCGAGAAAUUAUUUAUGAUAUUUCUGUCAUUUCAGAGUCAAAUUAAACGUUCUGUGAAGGAUGGAUAAGAAAUGUAAUAUUGGUGUAAAACAAGUUCCAGCUAGAACAUAUUCAACUCAACUCAUCAGAAGGAACCCCCAGGAAGAGUGGGGGUUGGAGGUUCAGGGAGGAUGGGACGGGGAAUCAGGCUCCUGGCUUCAAGUCUCCAGAAUAAGGCCAGGAAGUCCAGCAGAUUUGGCGGGAAUCCGAACUGGGGAUUUAUUGAUCAGUUUAGAUGGUGAAAUAGUUCUGUUCUAUCAACAGAUACAGGCACUGAACAUCUUAUUGCUCUCUAAUAAAACAAGUUUAAGAAUUCAAUUGGAAAGAAUGAGUAUUCGAAGUGAGUUUCCGUUGAGAAAUCUGCCAGGAGGUGGUGGGCGGAGCAAUAUCAACCAAUAUGACGAGGGGCGGAGAAUUCCGGAAACUGAAGGGCAGAGAAAUCCAGGAAAAGAGGGACGGAGAAUUUUUGUUGAACCAAUCGUACAAAAUAUUAUUUCAAGCACUUACAGUUUAUAUUCUAAUUGUUAUAAGUAAACUUUUCAUCAUGUAAAAAUAAGUUAAAGUAUACGCUAAAUUUGAAUUAAAAAGAAACGGUAUUUUUUUGCCGCACCCCAAACUUUCUAAUCCCUAUGUCUUUACAACUUGAAGGGGUGCACCUUCAUAGUAUCUUGAUAUAACAGGAUAAAUGGAAUAAAUUUGAGUUUGUUGCAAAAACACCAUAAAUAAACCGUUAAGUAAAUUGUUAAAACUAAUUGUAAAUACAAAGUCGCACAUAAAAAAACCUCUAAAUA